AAAGCAGCACGGCUGUGUAUGUGGAGUAGCGUGUCUGUGAAUGUGUCACAGCCUAACAUAAACAAACCCCCAAAGGCUCCGAAAACCCUCAGCUCUCUACUGUACAACAGCAAGUGUGUGCAAACUUUAUAAACGUAUCGCAAAGAUUCAACGGCGCUACGCGAAGAGUGACCGGAUAGUUGGGCUUUCUCUGCUCAUAAACAUGACUUUGUUACACACGAGGAAACUUGCAAGUAACCCUGACUCCACCUGACUGCAUGCUGCAUGUGUGUUCUGGUCAUCCAUCACCUGCACUCAUCUCUAUAAAGAUCUUUAUUUCUUACUUUAAAUGUUGUUCUGUGUGGCAUUAUGAAGAACAAAAGAGAUAACCCUCAAAUGCUGUCUUGUAACAAUCCAUACCAGGACCACUAUGGGAGAGAGUUGAGUAAGCUUCAGGCUGCAUUGAAGGCUGAGGAACUCCUAUCACAGCAGAUUCACCAAAACCUCAGAUUGGAUCUACAACACCUCCGUGAAGAAGCAGAGAAGCGACUGCACAUUGCCCUGUUAGAAUUUAUGUCUAAACGUGUGUGCCAAAUAGAAAGAUCUUGCAUUAAACCCGGACGAAGAGAGAAACACCACUUUAAAAGUAACCAGGACCACCAAAAUGUAACAUGCACAAGACUAGAGCAGCUGCUGAAGAUAUAUGACAAGAUUAACCUUGAGACUGCAUACUCUGAACUGCAUCAUAGGCAAGAAUUAGACCUAGAAAAGGCACUGCUGCUUUGCCACGUGCUUGAAACUAAUGACAAAUUGUUAUCACAAAGGCAAGGACAUCCCAGUGAUAGUGGAAUAAUCAAGCAGAUUUUAACAAAGAUUCAAGACAUUGGCCAAUUAAAGAGACAUGUAACUUAUUCCAGAGUUAAGACAACAGAACUCUAUUUUAGAUCAGUCAAGAAGAGAACAGAGCAGAGACGUCUGCGGCACUAUCCAGGGGGUGCCUCCAUUACAGAGAGAGGCACCUGUCCAAGAAAUGAUCUGAAAAUUUGUCAGCUGGGCGACGCUCCCCAUGUUGACGGGAGGAACUCAGCCUUUCACAGCACUGAAUCCUCGGGGUCAGACAGGUCACUGCCCUCCCAAUGUGCGGAAACAAACAUGGAGAAUGGCACUGACUACAACAUCUUGGUUCGUCAGAACUCAGAGCUGUUGCGAGCACUUGAUGCUCUGGAGAAGACUUGUGCGACACUGAGAGAGGAAAAUGGUUUGCUGCGGAAGAGCAGUGCCCCUGAGACUGAGGAGAAGGUCAGGAGGCUGAGGAGGAAGAACACAGAGCUGGCUGUUCUUGCUAAAAGACUGGAAGACCGAGCGAGGAAACUACAAGAGGCGAAUCUCAGAGUGGUGAAUCCUCCCCUGAUGAGGCCAGGGUCAGUGGAGCAGUACAAACGUGCCUUUGCCCGUCAAAGAGCCCGAGAUCUGGCCCAACACGCGGAUGUGCUGCUGUGUAAAGACAAGGAGAUAGCCUCUCUGCAACAAGAGUGCAGGGACCUAGAGGCACAGCUAGGAACCACAAAGAGGUCCCCUGUUUCAUGCGGGGAGAUUGAAAAGCUGCUGAGAGAGUCCCAGAAAGAAGUGCUGCGGCUGCAAAGGCAACUGUCAGUUACAUCUUGUAGGCAACAACACAGCCCAGUCCCACCUGAUGACGCAGUGCAGUGUGGGGGCACUGAGAAACGAGACGAGGAAAAGAAGGUUGUCGGUGAAACCCCUUUUGUUGCUUUUGAUGAAGUUUCACAAAGAAAUGAGAAAACCCCCAGAGAGGAGGAGGAGGAGUUGGGGCAGCAUUUGACGCCCGUCCCGGGCCUCAGCCCGACCCCCUCCCAAAAGGAGGAGCAGCCUCAGGACCACCUACAUUUUCUGGAAAGUGAACUGAGUAAGAAAAGAAAAGAAUGUGAAAAUCUCGAGCAUGAAGUAAAAAAGCGACAAAGAAGAUGUCUAGAUUUGGAGAGCCAGCUUGAAGAGGAGCGAUGUAAAAAUGAGCAACUAACAGAGGAGACAGAUCUCCUCCGGAGGAAGGCACAGCUGCUCUACCAGACUCAGACUGAAAAUGAGGAGCUGAGGGAAGAUCUCUCUGAAGUGACUGCUCAACACAAUUCAGUUCUCGAGGAGAACCAAAGACUCCGUGCCAAACUGGAGAACUUAGAGCAGGUCCUUAAGCAUAUGCGAGAGGUUGCUGAGAGAAGGCAGCAGCUGGAACUGGAACAUGAGCAGGCACUGGCAAUCCUUAAGUUCAAACAGGAUGAAAUCAAACGAUUACAGAGGGCUCAGUUAUUUGCCAAAAGGGAACAUGAAGGAGUUGUUCAAAUGUUGGAGGACUUGGUUCAGCUUGUGUUGGAGAGAGAGCUGUCCAAGGUCCGGGAUCUGGAGGAGAAAUGUCGUGGACAGAGCGAACAGUUCGGCCUGUUAUCCCAGGAGCUGGAAAAGUUUCGGAUGCAGGCUUCAAAAGUGGACCUGGCUGCUUCCGCUCUCCCCAACAACCCCUGCCUCUCUGUUCUGACCAAUGGACUAGGCCUCACUGCUGACAGGGAUGUGGCAGCUGCUCUUGGCAGUGGGGCCACUCCUCAUGCUGCAGGCCUGUCCCGGGUGCAGCGGUCUCCUGUUACGAAGCACAGAGAGCUGCCCACCAUCAGCGUCAGCAAGUCCCUCUCUUCCUCCAGCAAGUCUGAAGCCACACGCCUCACCCCAAAAUCUGACACUCAUCUCAGCCCUCACAAGUCAAGCCCUACACAUGAGGUGGAUACAGCCAGUGAAGUUGAGGAGUUGGACAUUGAUGUUGCCCCAGCGCCUUACACUGUCAACAGGGGGGCAUCUAAACUUCAAGUUUUUAUUGCACGAUACAGCUACAAUCCUUAUGAUGGUCCCAAUGACAACCCUGAGGUGGAGCUUCCACUCACUGCAGGAGAAUACAUCUAUGUGUAUGGAGACAUGGAUGAAGAUGGCUUCUAUGAAGGAGAACUUAUGGAUGGCCGCAGAGGGCUGGUCCCCUCUAACUUUGUGGAGCGUGUUUCAGAUGAUGAAGUUAUUGGUUCUCAUCAUCCAGAGACUGUGGAUAUCUCCCAUAAUUCUCUGCUUGACAGCAGCCUGCACAGUGCCAGCCACCAGCAUUACCUCCAUACUGGAGUUAGCGCCUCCCAGAGGACAGAGGCCUCCGCUGCUCCCGGUCCUGCGUACACCCCUGUAGAUCCUGCAUUGGCCUUGGCAGUACCGGCCCCUCUCACAAAUGGGCUAGACCUGGACUUUGAGGAGGUGGGAGUGGACAUUGUGCCUUACCCACGGAAGCUCACCCUUAUCAAGCAGUUGGCCAAGAGCAUCAUCAUUGGCUGGGACCCUCCAUCGGUACCUGCGGGGUGGGGGAACGUUCUGAGCUAUAACGUGUACGUGGACCAGGAGCUGCGGCUCAAUGUGCCCUUUGGUUCCCAGAACAAAGCUGUGCUGGAGCGUUUGGACAUAAACUUGAAGACCUACCGUGUGUCUGUGCAGAGUCUGACGGAGAAGGGGCCGUCUGAUCAGCUGCAAUGUAGCAUGCUGGUGGGCCGUGAUGUAAGUGUGGCACCAACUCAGCUGAAUAUCGACAGAGUCACUGCCACCACGGCCAACCUGAGCUGGCUGCCCAGCAACAGUAACUAUGUGCACAUUGUGUCCUUGAAUGGAGAGGAGUAUGAACUGGUAAAGGCUGGCUGCUACUCUCUGUGCCUCACAAACCUCUGUCCAAGCCUGCAGUACACAGUCAAAGUGGAAGCACGGCCACACCGCACCCCCUGGGAGUUACCUGCGGAGCGCCGUGAACACAGGGUCACCACUGUCACCUUCAAAACACUGAUGGCAGGUCCUCCUGAUGCUCCUCUGGAUGUCCAACUGGAACAGGGGCCUUCUCCGGGCAUUGCUCUCAUCAGCUGGUUGCCAGUUACCAUUGAUGCGGCUGGAACAUCUAAUGGAGUGCGUGUCACAGGGUACAGCAUCUAUGCUGACAAGAGAAAGGUGCUGGAGGUGUCAUCCCCCACCGCAGGCAGUGUUCUGCUGGGCCCGUCUCAGAUCCAGUCUCUGCAGGGAGCUCGGGAGCUGACUGUGCGCUCCAUGUCUGCUCAUGGGGAGUCAUGUGACUCUCUGCCAGUGAUCCUACCCUUUAAGAUGGAUACCCUUCUGACAGGCCCCCCUAUCACCCCUCCUGUUGUGCUACCACCUCCCUGUGUUCCAGUCUCCCCCUGUAGCCUUCCAUCCCCUAGUUUCUAUGGAAAUGCACCUGCCAAUGUAUCCAUGCUGCCCAGUACAUCGCUGCCAAACACACAAGCCACUAGUCAUGUGGUGGAACCUUUUGCCAAUCAGCCCAAUGCUCUGGCUCCUGAAGAUCCCUGUCCCAUGUAUGUGCAGGCUUGGGCCAACCCCUCAUCAGCUGCUGCCUUGGCUAUAGGUGACUCAGUGUUACCAGCAGCCUCCAACUCCCCUCCAAUGGUUAGUGUGAGAUCACCCAUUACCAGAAUGCCUACACAAGGAGCAGUCCUCUCAGCGGCAGCGCUGGUGCAGAGCAGAGACACUGACAGCCCUGGGCUCAUACGCCCUUUCCCGUCCAUAACAGAGUUCAUCGAGGACCCCUGUGCCAAGCUGGAGCCCAUUCCACCCCCGCCAAAAGCCACAACCACAGACCUCCUCUGUCCUAAAGACAUCCGGCUCCUGCGGCCCCCCAGUACCUCCCCUCUGGACUCUGAGGUAGAGGAGGAGCAGGAAAACACACGCCUGGUGUCCAUAGAAGAGUUCUUAAGGCAAGAUCAGGAGCCAGCCAGUAACACAAGGCAGCAGACUUAUGGGAAGGGUCUUGUAGAACCCCUCAGUGAUUACCAUGCCGAUAACAGCCGUUCAGACUUGUCAGACAUCUUGGAGGAAGAAGAGGAAGACCUGUCCUCUGACCAUCUUGGAGAAACACAAACUAUGGGAUACAUAGCUGCUGCUAACAGACUAAAAGAGACCAACCCAGUCUCUCCAGGAGAAGCUGGGCCAUCAUGGCGAGACCAGGCACCACAACUUUCUAAAUCCACAGCAAAGCACAACAGGCUCCCAAAAGGUUGUAUUGAAUCACCAAAGGCCAAAGGCGGCUGCAGCACGCGCCUCUUUGUGGCACUGUUCUCUUAUGAUCCUGCCUCCAUGUCCCCUAACCCCGGGGCUGUAGAGGAGGAGCUGCCCUUUAACGAAGGACAAAUCAUCCAAGUGUUUGGGGAUAAAGAUGCAGAUGGAUUCUACCAUGGGGAGUGUGCUGGACGUGUGGGCCUGGUGCCUUGUAAUAUGGUGUCUGAAAUCCAAGUGGAGGAUGAGGAGACACGACAGCACCUCCUGAAGCAGGGCGCUCUGUCCACAGUGGGCACCAUAGACAAAUUAGAACCCAACGAGCCCCCAGCAGUGGCAGGUGAGAGCAGGGCUGUCGGGGGUGUGGCUGCUCCAUUACUUAACCCUGGUCCAGAGACCCGCAAGAUGGUGGCCAUUUUUGAUUAUGAUCCCAGAGAGAGCUCUCCCAACACAGACAUAGAGGCUGAGCUGACGUUCAGUGCAGGAGACAUCAUACAUGUAAUGGGAGACAUGGAUGAAGACGGCUUUUUCUAUGGGGAGCUGAAUGGACAGAGGGGCCUGGUGCCAUCAAACUUUCUGCAGGCAUUACUGGAGUCCAACUCAGCUGCUCCACCUCCUCCAGAUCCCAAAAGAGAGUCCCAGGCUCCUGAGAUGAGUUACCUACAAGAUCUAGAGCCUCCAGCCCCACAGGAAGCACACUGCACAGAUACAGAAGCUCCUCGCCCAGACCAGAUGAAAGAGGCCCCAGGACCGGUCGCAGAACAGGCCCCUGAGCCAGUUACUCCUGCAGUGGAGCUGAUGGAGGCCCUUCCUGAUGCAGUCCCUGCUCCACAGGGAGACAGCCCCAUACAGGCCAAGAAGAAGAAGAGCUUCUUCUCUAAAGGCAAGAGACUCUUUAAAAAGCUGGGCUCCAGUAAGAAAGAAUAAGUCCAACUAACAGAAAGCACUUUUACAAGUUUUGUUAGUGUUCAAAAUAUCACUAGUAAAUCUGCUGCUAAACCCAAAAAAUGUUUUGUUCAAAUGCUUGAUAAUAUAAACAAAACCUGGUCAAAAGUCACAAAUGAUUUACCAUUAGAGCUCAGUACUCAUGCUAAAGCCACUUUAUUUAAAAACUAAAGAAUUACAAACAGCAGUCUGUAUUUUCCAUGUGGCACUGUCCUGGUAGUCUUGUGGUCCAUGUUAUUUACACUAAUGCUAUUUAUUUAUUAUAUAAUAUAGAACAACUUCCUUUAUAUGUGUCAGAGCCUGGCCUGUUUGACUCUUGUUGUUCAUCUCUGACUGUGCAUGUGCACUGUGCAGUAGUUAUAGUGAAUGGUGAAUGAGAGGCCUGUGAGUGACAGCUGCAGUCUUAUGAUUACAUUUUUUCUGACAUGAUUAUUUAAGAGUGUUUAAAUUCAAAAUAUUUUAUUUAAAAUGCUUCAGAAAAGUUUUAUGAGGGAAAAACUAUAAAAGUGUGUAUCUAUUGUCUUCCUCUCAUAUUAUGAAACCCACAUAGUUUUGAGGGGUUUUCCUGAAGGUGCCCCUCUCCAGACACUUCUUUGGGCUGACACAAAUAGAGUGAAGUCACAAUACUUACCUGUGUUUGUUCAAUUCAGUAUAUACACAUAUAUCCAUAACUGACAGUUUUUCUGACAUCAGUAUAUUAAUACAUUAGACAUAUUCAUUUGUUAGGAUCAGGGCACCAGGUUUAGGUUAUAAUAUGGUCUUUUGUUUCAAUGGCUGUUUCAUUAACAGAUGUUAAAUCCAAGUAUCAGCUUCCAUUGUUUGUUUCUCACUCAUGUGGGAGGAUUAGCAAUAUAAAAGUGAAAUGCAGCUAGCAGCAGUGUUGUGAAGUGGUGUGAAUGCGUGAGUCUGUGUGGUUGUUUCUCAGGUUUACUUAUGCCAAGCCGCUCUUCAAACCUGGCUGCCAUAACCUGCGGCAUAUGCCAAAAUCUUAGGUGCUUUGACUGUCAAAUGUAAAAAACAACUUAUUCAAUGCUGAUCCUCUAGAUUUAGGCAUCAUUAAAGCUGCACUAUGCAACUUUUCUGCCAGAGGGUUUCCAUGGACAUUUGUUUGCUUUGUCUGGAAUGUUCCACAGUAUGGCAUUAACACUUGUCUUGCAUUUAUUCAAUUACAUGUGUUUUUAAUUAUUAAGUCCAAAAAUACUGAAAAACAAACAUUCUUACGGCAGACCCUUGACCAGAAAAGUUACAUAUAGUACUUUUGGAUACAUACAAGAAAGGAAGAUGUAUGUAGUAGUUUAUUUGAUAGAUUAAAGGAAUUUUUAGAAGUGGUAACUGAGGCCAGAAUGUACUGUAGAAAGUUUUUGUUUUUAUUUCUCACACAAGGGGAAUCUACUUCUGUGUGUACUGUGUACUGUUGUUUUCUGGCCUUCAGUGAAUAUGGACUUCCACCUGUUGUAUAGUACCAUAUGUGGGGCCUUUGUGCCUCAGUCUAUGCCCCUGCAGCUAGUACCACACCAUAGCUUAAACGUUAGCCUUAUAUAACGAGACCUUCUUUAGUCUUGUAUAUAUGUGUGUGUAUAUAUAUAUAUAUAUAUACAUAUAUAAUGACUAUAUGUAUAUAUAUACGACUAUAUCUGUGUGUGUAUGUGUGUGUGUGUGUGUGUGUAUAUACAUAUAUAUAUAUAUAUAUAUAUAUAUAUAUUAUAUAUAUACAGGAAGUGACUGCAAUGUUGAACUCAUGUUUGGCCUUAUUUAGGACGUGUUUGUGUGUUGAAGGCUGAUUGGUUUGAAUUAUUUGACUGAAAAAUGCAGUGAAAGAAGCUGAGUGUUACGCUCUGUUUUUACACUAUUUGCUAACUAGGUUUGAAUGUGCUGUAUUUUAUAUAGCACUUAAAAAGGUUUGUUAUUUAAUUGUUUAUGUUACUUUUGUAUCAUACUACUUUUAUUACACUUUUGGAAGUUUAUUGUAAAUACUUUGUAAAUAAUUUAUAAAUGUUUUUUGCAUGUGUCCAUGAAGCAAGUUGCACAGAGGACUUAACUUGAAGUUGUGAUGCUUUAUUUAAAUAUGACAUUUUUUACAGAAUUAAAUGUAUAUUUUUACAUGAAACAUUUUAUCUCCAUUAUUAUAUUGGUACAGUAUUUACAAUAUACAAUUCAGCACAACCAGGUGAUGCCGAUCUGCUCUGCCGUACACGUCCCAUGUGAACACACAGACACUGUGGGCAGUGCACAGCUGAGAGACCAAGCAGCUUCCUCUUCUUCAUUUCCUGUGCGCAGCCUCGGUGCGUCCCUGCAGCCAACAGUACACUCAUCCAUAAAGUAGGAAACACUACACUGUGGCCUGGAGUUUAGUAGUGCUUUCUACUUUAUGGAUGACUGCACUGUACUUCCAUGGUUCUUCUUCUUCUCUCUUCUUCUUGAGCACCUGCUGUCGCUCCACAGCUGCACAGCUGCACCCACAGCCCCACCCAGACCCACUGUCAAGCACUAGAGCGAAAACUGACAUUUUCAGCUCUACGCACCACAGUCAAUACACAGUUCCUCAUUUGUCUAUUAAUAUUUGCAUGUGAAGGCUAAAUUUGACAAUAGUUUAAACACUGGCUUUACCAUUUUCCCUUUUCUUUCCCAAAUCUCAAAUUAACUGAAUUAUUAAAAAAGUGAACCAAUCCAAAGAACAGCUUGAGGAAGGGUUUGAGGAAGCCAUUUUGGCGGCCAUGAUUACAUUUUUUUUCUAAGUCUCACCCCAAUUGUUACACAUUAUACACUGAGUCUAAAGUGUAAAUUGUUUUUUUUUUGUAUUAAUAUAAUGAUAAAAUAAAAU